AUUAACAGGGAGUAGGAGGCAGGCGCAGUAGCUAUAUCCGCCAGACCGAAACGGACGGUGCCUGCUGCUAGCUGAGUUAGCUACAGUAGACAGUCAGCAGUUAGCAACUAGCUUCAGAGUAACAGCGUCUUUACUUCACAUGAGAGACUGAGCAAGUGUGUGUGUGUGUGUGUGUGUGUUUGACAGCGUGUGUGUCGACGCGCUCGACCGUCCCGAAGUCACUCCUCCGUCUGUACCUGUGUGUGUGUGUGUAUAUAUAUAUAAGCCCCCCCUAUCUCCCUCUUCCUCUUCCGAGCAGCAGCGUGUCUGUGAUUGUGUUGCCUCUGUGUGUGUAUGAGGGUAGCAAGAAAAAAACACACACAUAAACAUACUGUGAAAGUCGACUGUUUACACUCGGUGUCCGGUUACCUGACAGUGGAUACUAAGACAGCUACAACAUGAUGAUGAGGUACGCUGUAGUCCGUGGGGGCCUCAGCCUAUUGGCUGUGAGGAGGGUGUGUGUCCUCCCCCGCUUUGCCCACUCUUCCCCACAGAACGAGUAUCGACCAAUCAAGAAAGUCAUGGUGGCUAAUAGAGGUGAGAUCGCUAUCCGUGUGUUCAGAGCCUGCACUGAACUGGGGAUUCGAACCGUGGCCGUCUACUCUGAACAGGACACUGGACAGAUGCACAGGCAGAAGGCAGAUGAGGCGUACCUCAUCGGGAAAGGCCUGCCGCCUGUUGCCGCAUACCUGCACAUUCCUGACAUCAUCAAAGUAGCAAAGGACAACAAUGUGGAUGCCAUCCAUCCAGGCUACGGUUUCCUCUCUGAGCGGUCAGACUUUGCCCAGGCCUGCACCGAUGCAGGAGUGAUGUUUAUAGGGCCGACUGCAGAAACAGUCCGCAAGAUGGGAGACAAGGUGGAGGCUCGUUCCAUUGCCAUCAGCGCAGGUGUACCUGUGGUCCCAGGAACCGAUGCCCCCAUAUCCAGUCUGCAUGAGGCGCAGGUAUUCGCUGAGACGUACGGCUUCCCUAUUAUCUUCAAAGCAGCCUACGGAGGUGGUGGUCGAGGCAUGAGGGUAGUCAAAGAGUACGAGGAGCUUGAGGAGAAUUACCAGCGGGCCUACUCUGAAGCCCUGACAGCUUUUGGGAAUGGAGCCCUGUUUGUUGAAAAGUUCAUUGAAAAACCGAGACACAUUGAAGUACAGAUCCUUGGCGAUAAAUUUGGUAAUGUCAUCCACCUCUAUGAGAGAGACUGCUCCAUUCAGCGGAGACACCAAAAGGUUGUGGAAAUUGCGCCAGCUUUCCAACUGGACCCUCAUCUGAGAGACCGACUUCAUGCUGAUGCUGUAACCCUGGCCAAACAGGUGGGCUAUGAGAACGCAGGGACUGUGGAGUUCUUGGUGGACAAACAUGGCAAACACUACUUCAUUGAAGUCAACUCGCGACUCCAGGUUGAACACACGGUCACAGAAGAAAUCACAGAUGUGGACCUGGUGCAUGCUCAGCUGCAUGUGUGUGAGGGCCGCAGCCUGCCAGAACUCGGCCUCAAACAAGACAAGAUCAGGGUGAAUGGCUGUGCCAUCCAGUGCAGAGUGACGACUGAAGACCCAGCCAGAGGCUUCCAACCAGACACAGGCAGGAUUGAGGUUUUCAGAAGCGGUGAAGGAAUGGGCAUCCGUCUGGACAGCGCCUCAGCCUUUCAGGGUGCUGUCAUUUCACCCCACUAUGACUCCCUGCUGGUCAAAGUCAUCGCCAGCGGGAAGGACCUGCCCACAGCAGCUUCCAAGAUGAGCCGAGCACUGGCCGAGUUCAGAGUGCGAGGGGUCAAGACCAACAUCCCAUUCCUCCAGAACGUCUUUUCCAACCACCAGUUCCUCCACUCCACCGUGGACACCCAGUUCAUCGACGAGAAUCAGGAACUGUUCAACCUCAAACCCACUCAGAACCGGGCCCAGAAACUACUGCACUACCUCGGUCAUGUGAUGGUGAAUGGACCAACCACACCCAUUCCAGUAAAGGCUAAGCCCUCUGCGAUAGACCCUGUCAUCCCUCUUGUCACUAUGGGCGACCCACCGGUAGGUUUCCGUGACGUGCUGCUGCGUGAUGGCCCCGAGGGGUUCGCCAAGGCUGUCCGUGCCCACAAAGGUAUGUUGCUGAUGGACACCACUUUCAGAGAUGCCCACCAGUCGCUCCUCGCCACCAGGGUUCGGACCCACGACUUGAAGAAGAUCUCACCGUUUGUCAGCCACAACUUUAACAACCUUUUCAGCCUGGAGAACUGGGGAGGUGCUACCUUUGACGUGGCUAUGAGGUUCCUGUCGGAGUGUCCAUGGAAGAGACUCCAGGAGCUGAGAGCUUUGAUCCCCAACGUCCCAUUUCAGAUGCUGCUGAGAGGGGCUAAUGCUGUGGGCUACACCAACUACCCUGACAAUGCUGUCUUUAAGUUCUGUGAGGUGGCCAAAGAGAACGGCAUGGACAUCUUCCGCGUGUUUGAUUCCCUGAACUACCUGCCAAACAUGCUGCUGGGCAUGGAGGCGGCUGGGGCAGCAGGUGGCGUAGUGGAGGCUGCCAUCUCGUACACAGGAGAUGUAUCCGACCCAAUGAGGCAGAAGUACUCCCUCGACUACUAUUUGAAACUAGCAGACGAGCUCGUCAAAGCCGGAACCCACAUCCUUUGUAUCAAGGAUAUGGCCGGUCUGCUGAAGCCAGAAUCCAGCAAGCUUCUGAUUGGCGCUCUGAGAGAUCGUUUCCCAGAUGUGCCCAUCCACGUGCACACUCACGACACAGCUGGAGCAGGUGUAGCCGCUAUGCUGGCCUGUGCUGAGGCUGGAGCUGAUGUAGUGGAUGUGGCUGUUGACUCAAUGGCCGGGAUGACUUCUCAGCCCAGCAUGGGAGCUAUGGUGGCCUGUGCCAAGGGAACCAAGCUUGACACCGGUAUCGCUCUGGAAAAGGUAUUUGACUACAGUGAAUAUUGGGAGGUAGCCAGAGGCCUCUAUGCUCCAUUUGACUGCACUGCCACCAUGAAAUCUGGCAACGCUGAUGUCUACGAGAAUGAGAUACCCGGAGGACAGUACACCAACCUCCACUUCCAGGCUCACAGUAUGGGGCUGGGAAAUAAGUUCAAGGAGGUGAAGAAGGCCUACACUGAAGCCAACAAACUACUGGGAGACCUCAUUAAGGUGACUCCAUCAUCAAAGAUCGUGGGCGACUUGGCUCAGUUCAUGGUGCAGAACAGCCUGACCAGGGCUGAGGUGGAGGAGAGGGCAGAUGAGUUGUCUUUCCCUCUGUCUGUGGUUGAAUUCCUGCAGGGAUACAUUGGAAUACCACAUGGAGGAUUCCCUGAGCCGCUUAGAUCUAAGGUGCUGAAGUCCCUCCCCCGUAUUGAGGGCCGUCCUGGCGCCUCUCUGCCACCUCUGGACUUCAAGGCCCUGGAGGAAGGACUCCGAGCCAGUCACGGUGAUGAAAUCACCCCAGAAGAUGUGAUGUCAGCAGCCAUGUACCCCAAGGUGUUCCAGGAAUUUAAAGAUUUUACUUCUAACUUUGGACCAGUGGACUGUCUCAGCACCAGGCUGUUCCUGGAUGGACCCAAGAUCGCUGAGGAAUUUGAGGUGGAGCUGGAAAGAGGAAAGAUCCUCCACAUCAAGGCGCUGGCCCUGGGUGACCUGAACAAGGCUGGCCAGAGAGAGGUCUUCUUUGAGCUGAACGGACAGCUGAGAUCUGUGCUGGUUAAAGACACAGUCGCCAUGAAGGAAAUGAAGUUCCACCCCAAGGCUCAGAAGUCCAUCAAGGGUCAGGUGGGGGCGCCCAUGCCUGGAAAAGUCCUGGAGGUCAAAGUGGAAGUUGGAUCCAAGGUGGAGAAGGGUCAGCCGCUGUGUGUCCUCUCAGCCAUGAAGAUGGAGAUGGUGGUCAACUCCCCGCUGUCCGGGACCGUGAAGGCAGUCCAUGUCACAGCCGACUCCUCCCUGGAGGGAGAUGACCUGAUACUGGAAAUCGAGGAGUAGAGUGAUAGGAUGGAGGGAGUGAGGGGGGGAGUUAGACAAUCUGAUUUGGAGGUGGUGAGAGGUGGAGGAAUAGGGUGGAUUAAGAAAGGAGGAAGCUGGAAGUACUGCAAGACUUUAUGGCCCCCCAAUUUGUACAUAUUCUGUUUGGUUACACUGGGGACACAAAAUGAAGCACAGAUCUCCACAUACUAAAAAGCCCAUAGGGUGUAAAGAGUAGAUUAUAUAACAAUGUGAAAUAAUAAAUCAAUUUAAUGUGAAUUUCUCAUCAAAUUCUGCCACAAAGCAAAUCAUUUUAAACAUUUAUUCUCCCAAAAGUGAAGAAGCAGUCCCCAGUACAUCGGCUAAUGUCCUGUCAACAUGUGGAAAAUAACAUAGUUUAGACAUAUGAAUUUAUAGUACAUUCCAUUAUUUUAAUGCUUAGUCUUAAAUGUGAUGAACUACAAAUUGAGCUAACGUGUAUAACACUAACAGUAAUAAACGCCACAUUUCUAUGCUGUUGAUGUUGCCUAAUGUUAAAGUGAAUAGAUGAAACUUUAGAGAUGACUACUAAAUGUUUUUUCUUUAUAAUCAGCAGACAAAAGAGAUAGACUUGAGGAUUGAAUCAUCUUUCAUACUAGAAAAUGGUUGUUUUUUCUUUUAGCUUUUUCGCCUUUGCAAAACAUUAUCAAUCUCCGACAUUAGUCACAAUGCAUUCUGGGAAUGUGUAAUCACUGUUAAAGGUUCUUAAGUGAACACUUAAAACACAAAGUACACAGGGAUUAAGAAAGAAACCACUAUUGUGUCCAAACUGUUGCACAUUGACAUGCACAAUGUAUUUUUUCACUAGUAGAAGCACAACAAAGUGAGGAGCACUAUUUAAGGUGAGGGGGACCACCCACACUUCUCAGUAACCCACAGAAAUUUAAGAUGCUGCACCAAAAUGAAAACUCUCCUGUUACUGUAUCAGUAAUGGUAGAUAGUGAUCUGUCUGUUUUUAAAGAUUUGUACUGGUGUUAAAUGUUUCCACAUUCACACCUGUCUUUAAAAUCCCAAAGCUGAAUGUAACAGUAACAGCUGUAGGCCACAUUAGACAUCUCUAUUGAACUUUAAAUGCAGCUUUUUUAAUCCAAAACCAGCUGUAGGGUGGGCUACCAAAACCAAUCAACUGUAUCACUUCUGAAGGGUGAAGUCAAAAUAGUUUUAAUGUUGCUUUUUAGUGUCGCUGCUUUGUGUGAUGAUGUAAAAGUAGUCAGAGUAGCAGUUCCACUCUGUCUUUUUUAGAAAUGAGGAGAGAUUAUGGUGAAUAGUCUUCUGUCUGCAUGGGGAUUUUAAUGGUAGGUGUAAAUGGGAUUACACGGUGGCGUAAUGGCGGCAUGUGGUGUUAUUUUCUGAGGCUCUGCUGAUUAAUUUAUGAAUUAAUUCUCUGUCAAAUGAUGUGAAAUUAGCCGGACUAAUAAGAGACUCUGGAGACUCCCAGUAGCAGCACUUGGCUUUAUAUUUCUAAUGAUUGUGUGUGUGUUUGCAUAAAUGAGUCUAAAUUUGUGUGUGUGUGCAAAAUUUAAGAAUAAGUCAACCUGGCCCCACAAUGUUGCACCUCCAGAGCUGAAAACAUUCUAAAAGAAAUUAAAUAUUCAUACACACGCACACCGGUUCAAAGUAUUCAUGCUAACACUCCUAGCCCUUAAGUGCUGCCUGGAUCACAAGAAAAUAAAACCACAUACACUGCACAGUAGUGUGGCACUGUCUCCAUAGUAACACUGUAUUCAAAACAUUUAACAGCGAUGAUGUAAUUAAAUACUCAAUUACAAAGUUAGACUUGUUUAACUUCAUUUUCCAUGUCAGCUGCAGGCUGUUUGACAGUUUGAGGGGUUUUGAACUUGAAAAUCAUAUGUGCUGAAUUGAAUGUAUAGUUACCCUGACAUGUGAAAGUAGAUACACACACAGAAAACCAUUUAAAUCACAUAUCAAUCACAGAAGAAACCUUGUAAUACAGUGACGUAAGCAGAGUUUGGGACAGUGGCCAGAAAACAUGCUACAAAAGCUUAUUUUCCCAAAAUGUGCACCUUCUAUGGAGUCCAUCGAUCAGGACACAAACCUGAAGUAUCAGUGUGUACUUCGAUGGAUUGCUUCCAGAGUUUUUGCCCCAUUACCUCUGACAACCAGUCCCCUUUUGAACUAUGCAUCAAUACUGAGCAGCAAAUGCCAUUUCUAAUUAAAACAAUGUCUCCUCACUCUCCCAAGCCCACUGCCAUGCCUCACUGUACCUCCUGUCUGUUAUCAGAAAUCUGGAGACGAAGUGGUGGGAUUAUAUGAAUGAGUGUUUAUGACAAGCUGUUGCACAAUAAUGUUCCCUCCUCCUCUCCUUGUUCACUCUCCUUACUCUCCUGUUUUUCCUGCUAUCUAUCCAAACACCUGUUCAUCAUAUUUUUCCCUCCUCCUCCCCCUCCCCCUCCCUCCUCCUUCUCCUCCCCCUCCCCCUCCCUCCUCCUUCUCAACAGUGUAAAUUUGCACAUUGUAAGAUGAUGGCAUCGACUCAUGCAAUAAUGUUAACUGUUUGGCAGUGUUUCUCCAUGUCUUAGCCAGUGGCCAGUCUAACAACUCUCCUUAUGAUCAUGCUUAUGAAAAAAUGUAAUAAGAAAAUAUUUGCUUCAGAAAAGAGGAUAUAAUGUUGACCUAGUGUUGAGCUUUUGCUAUCUCAUUGUGAACUGUUGCAGACAGUAUGAAAAGAGGGUCUGUGACAUUUCUAUCAUCUUUCUAUUGCUUUCCUUUGUGUUUUUAUGAAGCCAACCAAACUGUUUAUUUUACUCUGAAUUCAGCAGACGUGACAUUCUAAAUGUCUCCAUGAAUUUUCUAUCACACGUUUUGCAGGUUGUCAUGGUUUCUUUCAUUUUGGUAUUUUGGAAUAAUCAUGGUUACAAAUCAUCAUUUGAGCUCAAUUAGUUUACAUUUUCUUGUUAAACAUGAGUUAGGAGAGAGAGAGAGAGGGAGACUGAGCUGGAGCGCACAAAAAGGGAAACAAUAGCAUCAAAUAAAAGCGAUAAUUGUUCUUGUUCUGUCUGUACUUACAAAUAAAGUUAACUGUAACUGA